GGGUUCCAGUUGCUUUCAUUUACAAAAAUAAACAUAGGUUUACUUCGUUACUAACGCAUUAUAUAUAUAUAUAUUUUUUUUUUUUUUUUACGUUACAUUUUGCCAGUAUGCACUGGCUUCAAUUCGUAGUGCACGGAAACGAUUUUUUAAAAAGCUAAAUUUAUGAACGCAAAGGAAUUCCUACAGUUUUAUUUUUUUGUAUAUAUUUACCACUGUAUGUACAUAUGCACGGAGCUACAAAUGUUCCUGUAGCAGAGCCCAGAGAGGGAAGCAGCCGGGCAGAGAAGUGCGAGCACUCGGAAAGCAGCCGAUGAGGAGCGUGCGGACAGACGAGCGCUGCGGCGGUUGAAAGGGUUGGGAGGUUUCUUGGUUUGUGUUUGAGGUAAAAAAAAAAUAAAUAAUCAGACAAGAAUAAAGAGUUCACUGAAAUGUGAGAAUGGCCAGUUCUUUAAGAGGUGAAGUGUUGAAUCUAUACAAAAAUCUGCUGUACCUUGGAAGGGAGUAUCCCAAAGGAGCAGACUACUUUAGAAGCCGUUUGAAAGCAGCUUUUCUAAAAAAUAAAGAUGUGAAAGAUCCUGAAAAAAUUAAGCAACUAAUUGCACGAGGAGAAUUUGUUAUAAAAGAAUUGGAGGCCUUGUACUUUCUCAGAAAAUACAGAGCUCUGAAACAGCGCUACUACAGUGACGACAAUCAAUAACUGGUAUUAAUGACUUUGCAUGUAACAAUACAAAUCCAUAAAAAUAAACAAUAAAAGAGUUGUAACCUCAGAAGAAAUGAAAUGUAAAUCUUUCCAAUCCAUCUGAAGUACAAAUGAGGACUUUGCUUCCCCUUAAAUAUUCGCCUGAGGGAUUUGGGGGUUGUAUUCUAUGGGCAAUAUUUUUUUCUCAACUACUUUUGACCUGCUUGAGCUAAAUCCUCAUGCAUGAGAAGAAUUUUGCAGGAAGUAGUGAUAAUGUGAUUUGGUUCUGUUUCACUUUGAUACAGAUGUUGAACAGACAGCUCUUCUUACAUUGCCCGAUAGCUGCGUGAUUGAAUGCUGACUCAAGGUGCUACACUUGUCACUUAGAAGAUUAAUCUGGUUUUGAAAGUCUUCCACGUUGAAUGAUUCGUUUCCACCAUAAAUGAGCACCUUGUCAAGAGGAAAGUAAAUUCUUAAAGCUUUUAACUACAGCUGUGUAAUGUGCAGGAGUCAUGUCAGCAGGCUGGCGGAGCUGCUUGCUGUCUUAUUUUGGCAUCAGGAAAGGGGUGAAUUUGAACAAUCAUGGUUUAAGCACUUAAACCCUAAAGACAACUCCUGCUACUACUGUUUCUGAUGUUGUCUAACUAUUGUAGCAGGAAUGUAGAACUUGAUCCUUUCCCCUGGAAGAGGAGUUUGACUGUGGAUGUUUGUUCCAUGGCUAACUCUGUAGACCUUGGCUUGUCUUGGCUGUAGACAAGACAAAUUUGUGCCACAACUGAUGCUCUGCAUGUACGAUGUUUUGGGUCCCCCCUCCUCCAAAGAACUAAAUGUUACUGAAGAUAGGACAGAAAUAAUCUUUGAAAUACAGGCAAGUAAUUACUGCAGUAAAACUAUUGGCAAUAGCAACAGUCCUUACACAUGUAAAUUCCAGAGUGGAAUAAAAAAAAAAAUUAAGGCAAAUUAGACCAUACGCUACCUUGUGAUGAAAUAGAUGUGCUUCGGUUUGUAGCACCACAUUGAUGUAAAAAACAGUCCUUCCACGUCGACCUAACUCUUCUACAGUAUGUUGCAGUUAAACCUGUUCUGAAGGAAUACCUCUGUAUACAAAAUUUAACCAACUCUUCUCAGUAACUGAUAAAAGAUGAUCCAGACACGGUAACAAAGGGCCAGAGUGUAAGUUAUAGAACAGCAGCAGUUUCACGCUUUUUUCCCCCCCAUAGGAGACAAUCGGUACUAAAGAAUGUCUCUCAUAUUUUCUGUAAGUUGAUGGAAGGCAUUUGAUUGAUAGAAGAAAUGUGCACCUGGGACUGAACACAGAGUGGCUCUUCAGAGUAUUUUAAGUUUGUAGACUAAUUCACACAAAGUCUGCUAUUAGACUAAGGAAAACAAGGUCUCUGGCUAUGACUGCAGACGGUGCAGGCCAAGCAGCGCACCCCAGUGAAACGAGAAGCACGAUCUCACCCAAAGCAAAGCUCUGCUCCUCACAGACCACGGAAUGCAAAAGCGGUAGGGACCAGAGGAGAUGGAUGAGUAUGAUAAAGCAUUUUGUCAAAGUGUGGCAGCACCCCUUCCCCAAGGAAGCGAACACCAGCGGGCAAAACCAACAGCUUUGUGACGGGCAACGAGAAGUACAAGAAAUAAACUGAGAACAACUGCCUGAUACAUGCAAUUCAUGGGAUGCUCUGUUACAGACAUGAGGUGCUGAAAUUCUUGGAGAGAAAAAGGAAACUGGGACAGAAACUCACAAUAACUAUUUUUUAUUACAUUACAAUAAAUAGGAGCAGUACAGUUUGACAAAAAAAUGACAAAUUCCAGAUCACCUCACAGCACGUACUCCUAAAAACAUUAAAAAUUUUAAAACAAA